CGUUGGAUUGAUUGUUUUUCAGAAACUUAUUGUCUCCUUUUUUAAAAUAUACACAAAGGACUACGUCUUCAUGAUGAGCACGCCGCAGACCAUGGAAACAGAGGAGGACCUCCUCACUUGUCUCCAUAUUAAGCUUUAUCACCCACAUCAGGGUUCCAGGAGUCUUUAUAAUUUACUCCCUCUGGGAACCAGGAGACGGCACUCGGCUGAUGAUCCUCUCAGGGUGGGCCGUGACCCUGGCUCCUGCACCUACUCUCUGGCUGACCCUACGGUGUCCCGUAAACAGCUGUGUAUCUUUGCUUACCGUUCACCUCAGAACCCAGACCUGCUGUUCACCAUCCAGAACCUGAGCCAGAGAGGGCGUCUGUCGGUGAACAGCUCAGCGCUGGGUUACCUGGAGAGGAUGGACCUACCAGACAAGGCUCUGAUCCGGUUUGGGGAGUAUGAGAUGCUCAUUGUCCGUGAGUCUGGGGAGGCCAGGGCCAGCUUUGAAGUGGCGUUUGARAUCUUGGUAGUGCCUCCAUCUAGAGAGACCUGCGCCUKUGWACCUGGWGAUCUGACACCUGUGAUGGACACAGGCCUGACAGGCGGUAUCACAGCUGCGUUUAGAGAGCUUGGACCACAAGAGAUUGAUGAGACUCUCAUCUGUUACUGAUAAACAAGAAUCAUGUAUUAUAUUGCUAGACUUACUAGGCAUGAACUCUUUUUACAAUUUAAACAGYUUGAUGUAUUUAUCUUUGUGAUGAUCAUGUAAACUAAAACUGCCCUAGAAUGAUUGUGUUUUAAAACAUGACAUAUUUACUUGUAUAUUUCACUUAAGAAAAUAAAUAGUUUGUGCAACAUCU